GGAAAUAUCCUUGAGCGACGGACUAUUUUGUUAACAUUAACUGUCAUUUCCUUGUCAUCAAUCAUAAAUAUUUGUUAUCUACGUCUAUAUACAAUAUUUUCAAUAUAUAUUAUAAUCAAAUAGAAUUACAAUAUACAUGGAAAAUUAUAAUUCUCUUCGACAAUAUUUUUAAGGUAUAAAAUGUUUAAUUUUGAUUUUUUGGUAAAAUCCAUGUCCGUGAUAAAAUAAUGUGUUUUCGAGAAGAUGAUGGCAAAUGGCAGUUAUGUUCAUGUCCUAAUUUCCUUGUUUUGGAAGACCUCCCGAUCAAUGGGGCGAAUUCUACUCCCUUGGACCGUUUGGGGUACCAACCCAAAUGCUGUGGAUGUAUUCCUUUGAAAAUGGCUGCUGUUUUUAUAUUUUUUGUAUCUCUUGUAAGUAAUUUGUUCUGGGCGUUGUGUGAAUUGCACAAAGUGGAUAAAUUCGUAUCUAACAUCUUCCCAGAGAAGAACAAAACCUCCCACUACUUCAAGUUGUUUUAUAUAAUGUGGACCAUGCUUUAUCUUCUAGUGAUCGGAAUUUUCAUGCUCGGUAUUCUUGUGAAUAAGUACCACUUGGUGAAUUUGUAUGUUUGGUUCUCAUUUGCAUAUGUAUGCGUGUAUUUUGGCUCCACUGCGACCGGUAUUGUGAUGCCUGUGUGGAAAAACGGCGCUAUAGAAAAGAAACAGGUCAACUCCAUAGUAUUCGCUGUUUUCUGGACCUGUUUUUACUUUUACUUUCUCAUCGUAGUGAACAGUUACAAGCUAACGUUAUGGUUAUCGUAUUGAAAACGAUUAGUGCAUCGAGAUAUGAAUACGAAAUAGUUUGGAAAUCGGCGGAAACGCCAAAUGGAGUCUAAAAAUUUCGGCGAGUGCUGCUGUGGUACAAAUGAAGGGUAAAAUGGUUCUAGUCAAUUUCAUUGCGCUCAGUUUUGAUUUAUUUUAUAUAAUAUUAUUUAAUUAAAUUAUUUUAAAUGUGU